AUGAGACACGAGGGUCAAAAAGGCAAAAUUCUGAUUCUUGGUCCGCCAAAGGCUGGCAAAACAACUCUCUCACGAUUCCUAGCUGAUUAUGCCGAGGAACAUGAGAGUGCAAAACGAGGAAAGAAACCAAAAGUGGACAAGGAGAAGAAGAUGGAGUUUGAAUUCAAUACUCCGUACAUGCCAACUAAAGGCGCCCGUAUUCAAGAAUUCGAGAGUCACGAGUUGCUUGAUAGUGAUCGGGGAAAAAUUAUAAAGGAUAUCGAAAUUCAAUUAUGGGAUGUCAGUGGGGAUAGAAAAUACGAAGACUGUUGGCCAGCCAUCAAAGAAGAUGCAGAUGGCGUGAUCCUCGUGGCGAAUCCAGAGGAGCACAACGGAAAAGAUUUACAAAUCUGGUUCACAGAAUUCGUAGAAAAAGAGAAUAUCUCUUUGAAUCGUGUGAUGGUGAUUCUCAAUGAGCAAGGAUCCAAGAAAACCAAUCAUGAGCAGAUUUCAAGUUUCGAAAUCCUCCCAAAGCUACGUGGCGUUCAUCACUCCGCCCAUCACUUUGCAUCCGAAUCUGCUCAAAUGAAGGUUGAGGUCAACGAUUUCAUGGCUUCAGUUCUUGGAAUCGUCGCUGGAGAAGAUGAUAAAAAAUCGGAUGAUGCUCAUGAUGAGGUUGUCGAUGAGGAUGACUUUUAA